UUCUUCCUCUGCCGACCAAAGUUGAUGUCCGCCUCAGAUAGAUUUACUGUUGUUUUCCAUCCCCACUUGUUCCUUUUAUCCUAUCUUAGAAUACUGUUCCUUUCUUUGCCUCUCUUUUCUGGCGUCUAAGAUCGCUUGCGUAUGAGUUUAGCAGUUAUUUCUCUUCUCGCGCUGCUCGCGCCUGGUUUGUAAUAAGCGCGCUUCAUGAUGGCCUUUUCAGCACUUCCUCUCCCUCUAUCGCUCCUUUGCUACCUGGCCAUAGUCUCCAAGGUUACGGCACAAAACCCGAGUCCGUUAGAAGUGACAUGGUCCGACUUGACGUUUGGGCCAGAUGGUCCCUGGCAUGCGGUAGAGGUUACUCUCGGAUAUGAUCAAACCAUUGCUCUAUAUCCCGGUCGAGAAUUCCAAACGUUCUUACUUACGAGCGACUAUUGCAACAAUGGUAACGCCUCAUGCCCUGCCACGAAAGCACGGUUAUAUAAUAAAGCACAAGCGGAGGUGGACAACACAGGGGGAACUGGAGGAGUUCAAUACGCUCCAGGGCCGAAUUUCAUGAAUGGUUUGGCAGUGGCGGGAGAAAACGCAGUUUCGUGGAUUGACAAUAUGGACGUGAAUGGCGUAACGGUACCUAAUGUUUCACUGGCGUUGAUUUCCGAUGCGUACGCCGCUUACCCUGAUGGAACAUGGUAUCCUUUAUCCGCGGGGUGUCUGGGAAUUGGCGCACCAGGAACAGUCAAUCAGAGCUUCACGACCAACGACGGGCCUUCGAUCAAUGCAAGUCUGAUUCCAGGCUGGUUGCACGAACAAAAACAGCUUCCUUCCAACUCAUUCGGUAUGCAUAUUGGCUCCGUCGACCCGGUGAUGCCUGGCUCGUUGUACUUUGGAGGAUAUGAUCAAAAUCGCAUAGUAGGGGAUAUUCUUACCGAGACAGACGAUUAUACGAAGGCGAUUGUUUUGAAGGAUAUAACCAUGAGAGUCAUUGACGGCAUGUCACCUUGGGAAUUCGAUUCCAAAAACGGCCUACUUGCCGCCAAUAACGCGUCGAUCUCAUCCGGAGGAAUCAAAGUAUCAGUUGACGGCUGCUCGCCGUACCUAACAUUGCCUCAGUCGACUUGCGACGCCAUCGCCGAGCAUCUACCUGUCAAGUUCAACCAGAAACUAGGUCUAUAUAUUUGGCAACAAGAUGAUCCAAAAUACACUCAGAUCGUCAGUUCGGCAUCCGCUCUGGAUUUCACCUUCCUGGCGGGAUCUAACACUAAAUAUGUCACCAUCUCGGUUCCUUUCCGUCAUCUGAACCUCACCUUGACCGAACCACUUGUUGAUAGCGACGAGCAGUACUUUCCUUGUUAUACGGGGCCGAGUAGCGGGUAUACUCUAGGACGAGCUUUCUUACAGGACGCUUUUGUUGGUGCCAAUUGGGAUUCUAAGACGUGGUGGCUCGCACAAGCGCCCGGUCCUAAUAUCCCCGCUGCCCAGGUUGUCACAUUAAAGGAAAAGGACACUGAAAUCACCGCCAGCACAAAUGAUUGGAAGGAAUCUUGGUCCGGCUCUUGGAAAGCAUUGGCUUCUGACGAUGUCGCGAGUUCGCAAACAUCAUCUUCUCCUCGCGCGACUACUAGUGCAGAUUCUCCCUCUUCUAGCGAAGGAUUGUCGACUGGCGCAGCAGCUGGCAUCGGGGUUGGCGUGGGAGUAGGGGCGCUUGCCAUCAUCGGGGCAAUUGUCUUUUUCUGGCUGCGUCGUCGCAAGACUUCUAAGGAUGAACCUCAAGCUCCCUCAGAUGGUACAUCAUAUGUUUCCCAGGCAACGCCAAUAGGGUCUUACCAUCCGUCAAAUGCCAUGUCCCAACAUGGAUUCUAUGCCCCUGCAAAAGACCCCUCUCCUAACAUGUCGGUCGCUUACUCUCAUACCUCUGUCGACCCAUCGACACAUGGUCAGCAGUUCCCUCAGCCAUACCCCCAGCAAUACCCAGCUGGCUAUGCUCAACCAUAUCCGCAACAAUACACGGCAGAGUUAGCAGCUGGAAACCACCCUACAGAACUUGCCGGUCCCGAAGUGUACAACACUCCAGCGGCUCAAGGGUCACCCCCCAACCACCCCGAGCAGCCACACUCAGCCCAUUAAUAUGUCUGGCUUUCUAAGUAUUGCAACAAUUAUAACUGGGACGAACUUGUUUAUAGCGGGCGUUGGGGUCACUUGUUUCCG